UGCACUAAUGGGACCUGCCUAAACACAAUUGGCUCGUUUGGCUGUGUUUGUGAUAUGGGAUUCAGGAGCAAUGGAACUAGCUGUUUUGACAUAGAUGAGUGUUCAGGAUCACAGAAUGAAUCGAUAUGUCAACUCCACUCUACAUGUUCCAACAUCCCUGGGUCUUAUAAAUGUCACUGUGACUCAGGUUUCCUGCUUAACAGAACAGAAUGUCAAGACAUUGAUGAAUGCCUUGCAGAUGACAGUCCCUGCACUGCCAACUCUGUAUGUAUAAACUCAGUUGGGUCUUUCCGUUGUCUUUGUGCAUCUGGGUUUAAGGAGGACGGACUAAAGUGUACAGAUAUCAAUGAAUGCCUUUCAAAUGGAACCUGUCGUCCUGAUCAGGUUUGCAUCAACAAACCUGGAUCAUACCUGUGUUCCUGUCCACCAGGACAUCAAGAGGAAAGUGGUAACUGCAUUGACAACAAUGAAUGUGCAAAUAACACUACCUGCCACCCUCUGGCGAGAUGCUGGAACACAGUGGGGACUUUCACAUGCCAAUGUCGCUUAGGUUACGUUGGGAAUGGGACAUACUGUAAAGACAUUGAUGAGUGUUCCACUUCUUCCUCACGUUGCCACAAGUCAAGCAAAUGCAUCAAUACCCCAGGGUCUUAUGUAUGUGUGUGUGCAGCAGGUUUUGUUGCAUUAGGUUCUGUUUGCGUAGAUCUUGAUGAAUGUCAGGCCAAUAGAGGUAUAUGCCAUCCUGCUGCCACAUGCUACAACUCCAUAGGUGGGUUUCAAUGCCAAUGUGGCAAUGGUUGGGAUGCCUCAGUUGGAAAUGGACGUGGAAUGGGUGGAUGCAUAGACCAGAAUGAGUGUCUCUCACCCAAUGUGUGUUAUAGAAACAGAACCUGCACCAAUUUCAUAGGAUCGUACAGCUGUGCCUGCUCUCCCAGAGAUACCCACUGUUCACAGCUAUCACUGAUGGAAAGUGACCUGUAUCCAUUUGGAGAGGAAGCAGGUGAUGCCAAGUUAACAAUAACAACGGCAGAUGGAAUUUCUCCAUACAUCUUACCUCCUACAGGCUUCCUAUUCAUGGGCAAACAAUAUGAACGACUAUUAUUUUCAGAUAAUGGCCUGGUGCAGUUUCAGUCAGUCAAUGAGAAUGAAAAACUGUUGCUCCCUGCUCCAAUCCCAAAGGGGUUUCAUGGUAAUGAAAGCCUGCCUAUGUUGGCAGUGUUCUGGGAUGACGCAGACCUUACACUUGGGGAUGGAAAACUACUAUACCAGGUUAGUUUCACAAAUACAUAAUGUCAACUAAUCGUAUGGUCUUGUUUCUACUAUAAUGUUGUGGGAACCACACAACUAAAGUGUUUAAAGUCUG